AUGAUUGAUAUCCCACCAUCAAUAGUGCGCCAGCCACCGCCUCCUCGACGGCCAGGUAAAGAAGAACGGAAUACAGAGCUUGAACCCUUCAAAUUGCCGGUUCAACCCGUUCACCAGAUUAUCAGGGAGAAAACAAACCUGCGCACUUACUACCCGAGGAGGUGUGAAAGAAAUAGUCUAACGAACAUAGAAUCAUCAAGUCUAACAACAGACAUAGGAUCUCUACCUGAUGAGCUGUUGUUUGAAGUGCUUGCUCGAAUCCCAGGCCAGCAAGACAUUUACGAGGCAAGGCUUGUUUGCCGUAAAUGGUACCUUAUCAUCCACACCCGUAAUUUCAUGUCUGCAUACUUACGCCACUCCCCUUAUGGUCUCCUCCUCAAAUCCUUGCGUUGGGAAUCACUUUUAAUUCUCCCUCAAAGGGGAGGAGGGGUCGAGAUGACCCGGUUGAGGUACAAACGUAGGUGUAUGGUCACUAGUAGUUGUAAUGGAUUGUGGUUAGAGACUAAUAUGAAAAGCGAACAUGAACUUUUCGUCACAAAUCCCACAACGGGCCAAAUUGUUCGUCUCCCUCCAUUUGUUGGUAAAGUUGCAGAAGGAAGAUAUGCAAUGGGGUACGCACCGGAUUCCAUGGAGUAUAAAGUGGUUAUAUACAAUCCUCUUGUAGGAACCUGUGCCCGUCCCCUUACUUGUCAUAUAUUAACCGCUGGAGUUGAUACAAAAUGGAGGAAUCUUGAUUUGGGAGUCAUAUCAUCCGAGAAGGCAAUGACUGCAUUGUUCAAUCCUACAUUGAUUACUGAAGGUUUCAUUCAUUGGAACCAUCCUAUUACCCAACAUGUCUUCACUCUUAAUGUGGAGACUGAAACCAUCACAGAAACUCCCGCUCCUCUCCCGCUAAAACUCUUUCCUGCUCUUGGGGAUCAAGCCAGUAUUUACUUAUCAACUGGAAAAUAUCUGACGUUAUUGAGUCAUUACGGGGAGUGCUCGUGGCAGGUUUGGGAGAUGAGUCGACUCGAAACAGGGGAAUGGAGAAAGAAGGUUGAUUUUUGCUUGGAGGUUCACAAGGAAAGAUUCAAGCUAUCAGGUGUCGUAGCCAAAGUUUUUUUGAUCCCGGUAGGGUGGGUCAAGUACCCAGAGUUGUUGGCCAUGAGAGGUAGUUAUAAAGCUAAUAUGACUGCAGUUUUUCUAUACAAUCUUGUCACGCAAGAAAUCGAUGAAAUCGGGUUACCUUCCUAUGUUUUUCAAUACAAUUUUGUGGUACAUAAGAGUAGUUUGGAGUGGUUGGAUGCAGUCAAGGUCAAGCCUACUCGACGACUGGUAUCUAAAUGA